UUCCGGGAUACACGGCAUGCCAAGAUUUCUGCGCCUGGCUGUUCUCCACAGAGCACAAGGGCUUCACCGCCGUGGCUCAUAACAUGAAAGGGUUCGACGGUCAGUUCGUGAUGGCCUGGCUCCUGGAGCAAGGCACAGCGCCGGAGGUGAUCCCUAACGGGUCUAUGAUCAUGAGUGUAAGACACCCUAGUCUGAACAUUCGGUUCAUAGACUUGUUAAAUUUUCUACCGAUGGCGUUGGCCAAACUGCCGGGAUGCUUCAGUCUCACAGAGCUGAAAAAGGGAUACUUUCCCCAUCUUUUCAACUCGCGAGAAAACCAAAAUUAUGUCGGACCGCUGCCUGAGCCCCGGUACUACAGCCCGGAUAACAUGAGCACUUCAGCCCGACAAGCAUUUCUGUCCUGGCAUGAAGCACACAAGAGGGACGUGAUUAACUUUCAAGAUGAGAUGCUGGCCUAUUGCAGAUCGGACGUGGACAUUCUUCGCCGUUGCUGCCUGGAGUUUCGAGCCCAGUUUUUGGAUGUGGCGAAUGUGGAUCCAUUCCAAUACGUGACCAUCGCGUCAGCCUGUAUGGCAACGUAUCGGAGUGGCCACAUUCAACCCGACACGAUUGCCAUGGUGCCUACACACGGCUACAUCAACUCAACGAAUUACAGCCCUGAUUCGAUCCGAUGGUUGGACUUUGUUGCUGCUUCGGAAGGCCUACAGAUUCAACAUGCGUUGAACGGUUCCGGAGAGCACAGAGUCGCCGGAAUCUCGGUAGACGGAUUCUGCCAAGAAACACAAACCGUCUAUCAGUUUCAGGGCUGUUUCUUUCACGGAUGUAGUUCGUGCUACGAUGGUGAUAUCAUACAUCCACUGAAAGGGGUUUCCAUGGCAACGUUAAGAGAAAAGACAGAAGAGACGACAAGAAAGCUUCGCACCCAGGGUUUCCACGUCAUCGAAAUGUGGAAGCAUGAAUUUCAAAGAGAGAAGGAGGAAAAUCCAGAUCUCCAAGCUUUCCUGGAUCAGCACCAUCUGAGGGAUCCACUCAAUCCUCGCGAGUCGUUUUUUGGAGGAAGGACCAAUGCCCUCAAAUUGUUCCACGAGGGAGACGCAAAAUAUGUGGAUUUUACUUCACCUCUAUCCAUGGGUGAACAAGUAUUGCGUCUACCCUGUGGGACAUCCAACAAUCAUCACGGAAAGCUUUGGAGAUGUGGAAGAUUAUUUUGGAAUUAUCCAAUGCCGAGUGAUUCCUCCACGGAAUCUGUAUCUUCCGGUACUGCCCUAUCGGUGCCGGAAGAAGCUGAUGUUCUUCCUGUGUCGGACUUGCGCCCUUCUUCAACUUCAGAGUCCGUGUACCCACACAGACGACGAGCGAGCUUGUCGGAACGUGGGUAACGGAGGAAGUCAAACUGGCGAAAAAGAAAGGCUACCGCAUUACACAUGUAAGUACUCAAAGAUUAUUUUAAUCUUUAUUUAGUUUCAGAGGUUACUUUUAAAAAUUUUUUAUAACUGACAUUUAUUUUUUAUUUUCUAGAUUUACGAAGUGUACCAUUUCCAGGCAUCGUCUACUUCUCUGUUUCGUUCCUACAUUGAACUGUUUCUAGCAGGAAAGUAGCGGAUGGCCUUCGGAGUGUGUGACGGAAGAAGCCAGACCGAA